AAACAAUGAAAAAGAUAGGCACGAAGUACGAAUUAAAUCGAAAACGUGUUGUUCCUUUUAUAAAAAUUUUCUUUCUCCAGGGACGUACCCUACGAAAUUGCCGCGCUUUCAAAAGUAGCGAUUUCGAAAAUCCGCAUACUUCACUAAAGAACAUAGUUGCGAGCGAUGACAGCGGCACGUGUCAUGGCGAGUAGUAAAGCAUUGACAUAAGAAUAGACGAGUCGAGUCGUCGGAUAUAAUCAUCGAGUAAUAACGAAGAAAUUGAGCAAAUUGUAGAAAAUGAAGGAGGAAACAAUGCUUAGUUUAAAGUGGCACAGUUUUCACUCUCACUUGGCAGUUUCUCUAGAUACGUGCUAUGAGAAGCAACAGUUUGUGGAUCUUUCCUUGGUGUGUAAAGACGGAACGAUAUUAAAGUGUCAUAAGAUGGUAUUAGCAAAUUCGAGUCCUUUCUUUCGACGUUUACUCGUCGCUAACGAUCAUCCUCAUCCGAUGAUCAUACUUCAUGAUAUCGAGGCAGAUGAUCUUAAAACUAUUGUCAAUUUCAUGUAUUGCGGAGAGAUAAAAGUAGUUAAAAGUGAGGUUAGGAGGUUGCUAAAGUUAGCAGAAAUCUUAGAGGUUACUGGUUUGCGACAUAUUCAAAGGUCAAUUUUAACGGGAGAACACUAUAAUACGUCUCAAGAAGUUCCUAAAAAAACAACUACCGUAAACCCUUCUAAGAUAGAAGACAGCAGGAAUUCUAAUAAAAGUGGUCCAAACUCUGACUUCAGAUCAAAGGUUCAAAAUAAAAAUGCAUCUCAAUCUACUACAUUUGUUUCUUCCUCUCAUUCGCAUAGUAGCACGCUUAAAACUUCCCAGGACACUGUUAAAAGAAACGAGGACAGUAAUAUUACUGCUUCAAAUCAACGAUUUGAAAGUAACAGAUCUAAUAUUAAUAUAAUAGAUAUUAAUGAUAUACCAAGUACAAGUAAAGGUUUACAAACGCCAUUGACUUCGAAAAGAAAAGCAUCUGAUGAUUCUGUUAUUAGCUGGCAAAAGAUUUUAUCUACUAUAUCAAAGGACAAGCAAUUACCAUUAAAAAGAUUAUGCAUCAUGGAUGAAGUGGAAAUUACUCCUGGUAAACCUUCCUCAUCCAAAUCUGAUGCUAAGAGAGACGAGCCAUUGGACAGAAGGAAAUCGACGGAUACUGUCCAUAGUAGUACUUCUAUGAAAUGUGCAGUUUUCAUAAAAGAUGAGGUAGACGUUUCAUCAGAGUUAGAAGAAAAUGCAGAUAUGGAUCCUCUUGAAAUUGAAGAACUUGAAAGUGAAAAUACAGAGAAUGUUGUAACACCUAAACGAACGUUCCGUUUGUGGAACGUCGAUCGGACUUAUAAUACACGUAGAAUGCUAGAUUUUCCACCAAAGAAAGGUUCUAACAGUUAAUAUGCGGGCCAUCGAACUUUGUUCUGUUGAGAGUGAUGCUUCUUUAGAUAAUGCAAUCUUGUGAUUGUAAAUUUCUUUAGAAGGAUAAAUCUUGUUAAAAACUCAUCCUCGUUGUGUGAUUAUAAAUAAGGACUAACAUUUCCACUU